UUUGUUUCAUGUGCAUAAAACAACAACAAUGAUGGAUAAUUGAAGAAGUAUGAAUAUUAGGAUGAGCGGAUGACAUUCCCAGCUGCUGUUAUCAAACCGAUAUUACAGGUGAAUCAACAGGGGGAGGAUGAAGCGGCGCAAUGCGGACUGCAGCAAACUCCGACGGCCGUUAAAACGGAACCGAAUCACCGAGGGUAUAUAUAGCAGUACGUUCCUGUACCUGAAGUUCCUGGUGGUGUGGGUGUUAGUUUUGCUGGCCGACUUUGUGCUGGAGUUCAGGUUUGAGUACCUGUGGCCCUUCUGGCUCUUCAUUCGAAGUGUCUACGACUCCUUCAGAUAUCAGGGGCUGGCAUUUUCCGUUUUCUUUGUAUGUGUGGCGUUUACAUCAGACAUCAUAUGCCUCCUUUUUAUCCCUGUCCAAUGGCUGUUUUUUGCUGCCAGCACCUACGUAUGGGUCCAGUAUGUCUGGCACACGGAGAGAGGAGUUUGUCUACCCACUGUAUCGCUGUGGAUCCUGUUUGUGUAUAUUGAAGCCGCCAUACGAUUCAAAGACUUGAAGAAUUUUCACGUAGAUCUCUGUCGACCCUUUGCUGCUCACUGUAUUGGCUAUCCAGUGGUGACUCUAGGCUUUGGCUUCAAGAGCUACGUUAGCUACAAGAUGCGACUGAGGAAACAGAAGGAGGUGCAAAAGGAGAAUGAAUUCUACAUGCAGCUUCUACAGCAAGCUUUACCGCCAGAGCAGCAGAUGCUGCAAAGACAAGAGCGAGAAGCAGAAGAGGCUGCCCUAGCUAAAGGGAUCUCAGAGGUAGAACCAACAGUCGUAUCCCAAAACGGAGCACCGCCUGGAAAGAAAAGCACUCCAGUCCCCCUACCGGAACUGGAGUACCGUGAAAAAGGGAAGGACAGUACUGCGAAAGAACGUGAGGGCAAAAAACAAAACAUAAUUGGAAUCAAUAACAACAGCAUUAUACACACACUGGACUCCAAACUACAGGAGGCAGAGUAUAUUGAGAACUACGUCGGGACAAAGAGACUGAACAACGACCUGGCAGGAGAAAACACACACCCUGAUAGCAACACACACACUACGUCUAAAGAGGAAAUGGGGGGAACUGGGAAGAACUACAAAAAUGCCAGCGGAGGUGCGGGCAGCAACUCUUCUCCAAGGAACCACAGCUCCACAAACGGCAGCCUCCCGUCAGGCUCGUCGGCCAACAAGAAUGAGAAGAAACAGAAGGGGGCGGGGAAGGGCCAGAAAGAUCCAGUGGAGAACUGCAUCCCCAAUAACCAGCUGGGCAAGCCAGACGCUCUGCUGCGGCUGGAGCAGGACGUGAAGCGCCUGAAGGCAGAUCUUCAGGCCAACAGGCAGUUAGAGUCGGAGCUACGCAGCCAGGUUUCCUCUCUGAGCAGCCAGGACCGAAGCCUUCGCUCGGAACUGGGCCAGCUGCGCCAGGACAACGAGCUGCUGCAGAACAAGCUCCACAGUGCUGUCCAGGCCAAACAGAAGGACAAGCAAACCAUCUCACAGUUGGAGAAAAGGCUGAAGGCCGAGCAGGAGGCCCGAGCUCUGGCUGAGAAACAGCUGGCUGAGGAGAGGAAGAGGAAGAAAAUGGAGGAAGCCACCGCCGCCCGAGCAGUCGCUUUAGCUGCUGCAACAAGAGUAGAGUCCACGGAUUCUCUUCGUGGUCGUAUCAGAGAUCUGGAGACGGAGUGUAAGAAGCUCAGCAUGGACAUGAAGCUUAAAGAGGAACAGAUUAGAGAUCUAGAGGGCAAGUGUCAGGAGCUGCGCAAGUACAAAGAGAAUGAGAAGGACACAGAGGUGUUGAUGUCAGCGCUGUCAGCCAUGCAGGAGAAGACCCAGCACCUGGAGAACAGCCUCAGCGCGGAGACCAGGAUCAAGCUGGACCUCUUCUCUGCACUGGGGGACGCUAAGAGGCAGCUAGAGAUCGCACAAGGCCAGAUCCACCAGAGGGAGCAGGAGAUCGCCGAGCUGAAGCAGAAGAUAGCAGAGGUGAUGGCAGUAAUGCCCAGCCUGUCCUACUCGUCAGAUGGCAGCAACCUCAGCCCUGUCGCCCCACACUACUCCUCCAAGUUCAUGGACAAUAGUCCCUCCUCCCUGGACCCCAACGCCUCAGUCUACCAGCCCCUUAAAAAGUGACUCUGACGUCCCACUCUUUCGCCAGAAAGAACUUUUCCUUUGCUCUCGGUUCCACUUUGGGUUGUUUCAAAGUUUACUAGCCCCUGACAAUUUUUUGCACUUAACACAAACACACAGCUCCUCCAUACACGACACGUGAGUUUUCUUCCCGUCUUUUUUCUGGGGUUCUGUUACAAGAUUUUUAUUUUUUUUAAGGGGUUGUGUAUAAGACUGGUUGGCCAAAUGUCUACUGAAGAGCCGUUAUGCAUUGCUUCAUGUCAGUCCUCUUUACAGUGUUCAACUCCCCCUCACAGCCACUUCUCGACAGUAAACCGACACCCAGACUAGAAGUAAAAUACGAUUGGCUUUCCAUGAUGGUCUGAAUUAGACAGAAAGCAUGUUUUUCCGGUUCUGACGUGAAUUAGAAGCCUGUAAAGUGAAGCCCUGUGAGAGAUACAUGAAUGUAAAAUUGUUCAUGUUUUGAUAUUUGCAUUAUCUUAAAGCCAGUGAUUGUUUUGUAACAUUUCUGUUUCAUUUCAACAAUGUGCAUAACUUCUAAGGUAGUGUUAUCGAGCAGAUAAUUGUUUACUGUGUUCCUCAGAUAAUCUGAUAGUUUAGCCUCUUAAUGCUGGAAUUCUCCAGGAUUGUCAAUAAGUGGGUUGAAGCAAAUGUUUUGCCCUCAAGAUUACUACUGCUACAUUGGACUCGGCACUGCCAAAACAAUACAUUAACGUUCACUUGAUUGCUGCAGACACCUUUCCUCUCCUUUCUGGACCAAAUUGAAACCUCAAACCCCCCCCUUCUCUUGGCCAUAUUUCUCACAGGAUUUAAUGAUGUCGAGGUAACCGAACGUUACCGUAAUCUACAGAUUUUUACAGUGCCUUGCAGUUUGAUUUUGUUUUUUACUUAGCAAUCCUGGAAUUUUAAAAUGCUUCAAAAGCCACUGUUCUCUCUAUCUCUCUCUCCGGCUCUGAUACGCCUAGUUUUCACUCAGUGCUCAAGUCAGUAUUUAAAGGCAGACACAAUGAAGUGUCGCAUCCGACACGUUGAAUCAUUGCGCAGCUGCUCCACCACAAUGCUGCAGGUUAAUGGGAAAACAGAACACUGGAUGUGGUAAAAGUCAUUUCAGAGUGACACAGUCUUGGUAUGCCAAACACCAACCUAACCGAUUGUCUAUUAUCAUGCCCUGUUGCUGGCAUUUUGUUGUUUACAACAAUGUACAUUAACUUACUGAGGAAUGUUUUAUUUGCUUGUUUCAUUUUAGUUCUAAAGUGCCAAGUGUGGAUCGAUCGAUGUAGCUAGCAAAAUGUUUGCAGAAGCGUGCUGUUAUUUAAAUUUUUUUGUCAUUAGAACAUAUUCAGAUGGUGUUGUGUUUACAAGGUUCUGGGCUGAUCACGGUGAAGCAGCAGAUGGUCAGUUGGGCUGAUCGUGUUACUCGCACAUUUAUUUAUUUGUUACAGACUUCUGUUGAGUGGCACUUCUUUGAUAUUUCUCAUCAUAUUUUGUUGGUUUCCUGUAUUUUCUUUUUAAACCAGGAAAGAUUCUGUGAUUGUGUUGUAAUGGGGGAAGGUGACCCUGGAACCAUUUGAUCAUGUUGUGCUGUCAUGUCACCUACCUGGGGGGGAAAAAAAACAACAAAAAAACAAAACGUAUUGUUUGUGGAUCGCUCUCGCGUUGUGAAUUAAGUUCUCAAGUUGCUUUUACAAGUUUGUGUAGAAGGAAGAGAAGGUUAAAAAAAAGUGCUUUGUUUUAUCUUUUUAUUGUUCCACCAUGUUUAUUUUCUUUACUCAAAGUGAUGGUGGCUGUGUCACACGUUUCACUUUGAUUUUCACAUUAAAGAGAGUCUUGCUGGUGGCAGGCUGUUGAGUCUGUCAUGAUUUGUG